UGAAAAAGGAACAGAGGAUAGAAGUGACAUUCAGUUAAUGGAAUUUUGUGCAAUGGUUCAGUUAGUUAGUUGGAUGUAAAAUAAGAGAGAGUAGAGUUAAAGGAAUAAAAUACAUAAAUCCAACCAGCUGAAAGAGUUUGAUGAACGCACAAUAAUUGCAGUCUUCGCGGCGUAGUGCACAACCAUAAGGGAAUAUCACAGAACAGCUCAACAAUGAUAAAAGACGUCAAUUAUUGCGCUUGACAUGACCUACUCGUUUGCCAAUAGCUUGGGCAUGUUAAAUUACAUCUGGCUGAGUGACCAAUCAAAGUAUGUCCUAUGAUACGUAAACAUGGACUUUGAAAGCAAAUGAACAACAGGAAAACCGAAUAAACACACAUUAGAUAUAAACGAUAAAAAAGAAGGGAAAGACGUAAAGCCUAUUCUGUUCUUGUCUGCGAGAACAUUGGAAUAGCAGACUUUCAUAAGCUCGGACAGAGACAUAAAACAAACGAUGGAUAAAACAAACAGAAAGGUAAUGGAAGACGAGGGGGAAUAUUCCGAUGAUGAAAUGUAUGACGAUUUAACUGUUGCAUUACCGGACCGAGCCGGUGAAGUGUUAAUAAAAACCGGUGAACUAGAGAAAACCGGUGUAUUGGAUAAAGCCGGUGUAUUGGAUAAGGCCGGUGUAAUGGAUAAGGCCGGUGUAAUGGAGCAAAACGGUGUUUUGGAGCAACCCGAUGUAUUGGAGCAGCCCGGUGUUUUAGAGAAAAUCGGUGUAUUAGAGCACAACGAUGAAUUGAAGCAAACUGGUGUUAUGGAACGAAAAUAUGGAACAAGCAAAGUUGUAAAACAGAAUUCGUUAUCCGAUCAGGUAGAGACUUCGAGUGGUAAAUGGUUUUCUUGUACAUCGAGCUUAAAUAGUGGAAACACUGGCAUGAAUUACUAUCUCUCACCUUACUCCAGCAGAAGCACACUGACCGGAAGUAUGUUUACUGCAUCAGAAGGCAUGCGCACUCCGAGAUCCGGUAUUGCGUCAUUGUCUGAAAAUAGCACAGUGUAUAUGACCCCAACCGCUAAGUCUUUCAACAAUUUUAAACGUGAUAUUUCUAGCUUAGAAGGACUUCAUAAGUUUUAUUCUUGCCAUUCUAAUCUUCGAUUCCUCUUAGAAAAUGACCGAAAUGAGAAUCUAGAAAAUGUUUUGAACGAGGAGAAGCUAAAAAGCAUAAAAGAAAGCGAAGUUAAAGUUGCAGACAAUCAUCCGAGUAAAACAAAGCUCUUUAAGGGAAUUUAUCGGAAGCUUAGUGGAAGUAAACGUAAACGAAAGGAACGGAACACGACUGAAUCAUUUCAUGGCAAUGACAGUGAAGCGGUUUGGAAGAAGGAUGAACAUCCAUUGUAUGUGCAAACUACCUUACAGAACGGUGAGCCUGUGUCUUCAAGCUUGAAAGUGAUCCAUGGUAUCCUCAAAUCCAGCGUGUCAAGUGAUUCAGGGUCUUUAACAACAAGGUCAGGGCGGUGGCUUGAAGAUGAAACGGACAUGCGGGUACCGGGAAGCACCAGAAAGGGAGGGACGAAAGCCUUACUGGUGGAAAAGGAAUACAAGGGUGUAUUUCACACCGAAGAUUCGGAAGAGUUAUCUUCCAUAGAGCAAGCCCAAAACCUUGGUGUUAAAAUACACAGCGAGAAGCAGAACUAA